GAUUUUUGGUAAAGUUAUUUACGACAAUAGAAAGAUCUUGCAUCCAAUCCAAAGUCACAUAAGAAAUUAACCACAUUAUUUUGUUUGUUUGUUCAUACUCAUAAAUGUGAUGAGUAUUUAUCAGUACAUUAAAAAUACGGUGGAUCAAUUUUGAAAGUUGUAGAGAGAUUGGUUAAUGGUUGAUUAUUCUUAUUCUGAUUAUACUUUAGAUGUUCACUUAAAGAGAUCUAUGACCAGUUACGUAUUUGCUCUCUUGAAGGUUUUGUUAUUAGUUGGAAGGCGCGACUUUGCAGCCUAUAGUUACUUUGUCUAUCAUUGAAACAGAGCACAUGGCAUUAAGAGAAAAUACGAAGGAUGAAAUAUGGUUGAAAAGUCUGAUUAGUGGUUUGAGUUUACAUCACGAUCGGGUUGUGGUCUAUUGGCAAUAUGUAUGGUCAAGAAUCAAUCAAGUCCAUCAUCAGAGGUAUCAUUUCAUGACGUGAGGUAUCAUUUCACGAGAACAUAAAAAAGAAUUAAAGUGAAGACCAUAGCCACUGUUAUUAAUCAUGUUGAUAUGUUCAUAAAGUCGAUUCCGCACGACAAAUUUCAGCACUACUUGUACUUUGCUAAAGCCUAAAUGUUAUAAGUUGUUAAUGCCCAUAGGACAUUCUUCAACAAAAACCAACGCUCCAUUCGUCAACAUGAUAGCAGUUCUUCAACCAAAAUUAACUAGUAGAAAACCAUCCUGGUCAAAUCCGGCAAAAUCCAUAUGCCAAUGAGUUCUGGGUCGGGUUCGGAUAAAAUCCGAGUUUGGAUCUUCCGGGUUGGAUCUGGAUUGCGGAUUCCAGUAAGUGUCAGGGUUGGGCCGUUGCUCAUCUUGGGCCAGGAAAUAUGGCCUGUGAAGAAAAUGUGCAAUGAGAGGUAAAAUUGGUGUUCAUUUCAGUUUCAGUGUCAUCCCUGAUUCAACCAGAGCCGCUGCCGAUUUUCCCUCGCCUCCAGGUUUUCGUUCUUCCUUCUCCGCCGGUUAUAGGCGGUGGAUGCCGCUCCUCGUUUACUGCUGCUGAUUGAAGCUAAUGUUAACCGUCUCCGGUCAGUUCUUCGCAGAUACUCAUUCAUUUCUCUAACAUUCCUCCCAAUUCAUUCAUAUACCACAGCAGCGACGUUUCGGUGCCCUAGUCCUGUUUCUGCACUCUCGAUAGUACAAGAUGGGUGCAUUUAGGCUAAUUAGUAUAAUUUCAUAUCGGAGAACCAUUAUAGCAUUGAGUUCUCCGGCUGCCCAAGUCAGUGUAAUUUCUCAGCUACUUGGGAUAAGAAGUUUCACUUCCCAGAUUGCACCUCAAGAAGAGAAAGAUGGGCCUUCCUUCCCGGUGUCUUAUCUAAUGACCUCACUUGGGUUCUCAGCAGACGGCGCCAAAUAUUCAUCCAGGUGUUUGAAUUUCCAGACGGCGGAGAAACCCGAUGCGGUUGUUAAUCUGCUGAGAAGUCAUGGAUUCUCCAGUACCCAAAUCGCCAAAUGCAUUAAGGGCUACCCCAGUGUACUUGUGCUGGAUCCGGAGAGGAUAGUUCGUCCCAAACUUGAUUUUCUUCUCUCUCUUGGGAUUCCUUCCCCCGAGCUCAACAAGGUCGUCUCUUCAAAUCCAUAUCUGUUGAUUAUGAGCUUAGAGAAAUGCCUGAUUCCUCGGUGUAAUUUUCUCAAGGAAGUCCUGGCUCGCGACGAUGAAUUUGUGAGAGUCCUGAAGCGCUCUCAGAGGUGCUUUGUUGGCAAUAUACAGAACAACGUUGUUCGCAAUCUAGCACUUCUUAGGAAUCUUGGAGUGAGCAAGAAUGCCAUCGCCUACUUAGUGUCCAACUUCCCUCAUGUGGCUUUCAAGGUUCACUCUGAUUUUGCCAAAAGAGUUGAGCUCGCCAAGGAAUUUGGAUGCGAUCCUCUGAAGUGGAACUUUGCUAGUGCAAUUAGAGUGUUUUCCAGUGUGAAGAAAUCAAGCUGGGAGAAGAGAUUACAGGUGUAUGGGAGGUGGGGGUGGUCAAAGGAUUUGAUUAUGUUGGCUUUCAAGAUAUUUCCGCAGUGUAUGUGCAAUUCAGACGAGAAGAUCAUGCAGACAAUGGACUUCCUUGUGAACAAACUCGGUUGGGAAUCGGAGGCUGCUGCUAAGUUCCCAAAUAUCUUCAGUUUAAGCUUCGAGAAGAGGGUUGUUCCUAGGUGUUCCGUCCUGCAGCUUUUGAGGCUGAGAGGGUUGAUAGAUGAUAUGCCUUGCUUAAGUACUUUCUUGUGUCCUGCAGAGAAGCGGUUUAAGGAAAAGUUUGUGGUCGAAUAUCCGGAUGAUAUCCAGGCUGAACUGUUGGAUCUGUAUGAAAGACGAGUGAAUGUCGUUGAUUUUCGCACUAUGGCUGUCGAAGAUGUCAAAUCAAGAUCCUAGUUGUUCCUUAUUAACUAUGUGCUUGGUUUUAACAGAUGCUCGAGAACAACGUAUUGCUUUUUCGUUGAUCUUUAAGCUUAUCUAAAAGUUCUUGCUUGUUAUUCUGAUGUUGUGCUGGGCUGCUGGCAUAAGCAAAUGCUGGCAAUAUUUGGCCCGUGCACCUUCUCCUUGAAAAUACGCUAUGGAGAAUGAGUUCCUGGAUGAUACUGUUACUGAUUCUUCCUCGUAGUCCUAUAUCUUAUGGAUCGCCUCUGGAUGUUUCAUUAACUCAUCCAUCGUCCACUCUGCUGUCACUGUUUCUACCGAUGAUAGCUUCAUGUGAGUUAAAAUGCAAGCAUAGAUCGAAUGCUGAUGUUGUAGAAUGGGCGCCUGGUGGAGUGCAAGGGCAAAGAACCAAAACUGCAACUCUGCAAGGUCUAUAGAUAAGGCACAGUCAGCUGCAGGCACUGCAUUUAUGGAAUGCAGAGGUGAAAGUAAAGUGCAGCAUCUACGGAAGAAGUAUAGAGCAUACAUCAUUUCUAAGAAUCUAUCUGCAGACCUGUAGCUCGAUGUCUGGAGGAAUAGAACCAGUUAUACUCCAAAUCAAGGUUGUCAAACCGG